AUGGAAAAUCAAUUGAUUGAACCUAUCUUCGAAGCAAUCACUGUUGGAGAUGAGGCAGAUCUGCAGCGAUGCUUAGAACAGGCCACCAUCGACACGGUGUUGGAGUUUCAGCAUGCGUACGGUGAAUCUCCGCUCCAUUUGUGCGUCAAAAUCGGUGGCAUGAGUCAUCUCGGUGUAGUGCGUUGUUUAUUGGCAAGCCGGCUGUUUGAUAGCACUGCCGUCGACGGGGAAGGGUUAACUGCACUCGAAUGUGCACUGAAGAACGCUGACAACGAGUUGGUUGAGGCACUGAUAAAGAUAGAAAUUGAGGAGCUGGAUGAUGCAACCGCUUGCUACAGGAUGUUAAGGUACGAUUCGUUGGAGAUAUUUAAAAAGUAUCUGCUGGUAAGACAGUUCCCGGAGGAGGAUGAAUUUCAGCACAUAGCGAGUGCAUUGAUACGGCUGAAUGUGACGAACGUUCAACUAUCGGAAGCUCUGCGACACUACACGCAAUGGAAACUGUCCGACUACGGGUUUCGUGCGCUGUCAGGCAACUGGACGGGAAUGAAGGAUCCUAACGAAUGGAAAACCCACAUCGAAAUCAUCAGCGAGUGUUGGCGAGUUAUAGGCGAACAGCACAACACACGACUAUAUGACGACGCUAAUGACGUGUUCCUGCAUCGACUACAAACAAUGCACAAUCACUUUUACUUUCUCAAGCACAAGCAAUUUCUUGCCCAUCUCCCGAUGCAAGAGGCAACCUUCUGUGUGGCGAUAUUUUUAUCCAUCUAUAAGAAUCCAACACAAUUCUCCGAGUAUCGACUAAUGGUUAACAAAUGUCUGGUGAUCGAGUUUGUGCGCAUGAUAAGCCAACAGUUGGCAAUUGUACGGAAGUAUCUCGAGGGAACGGAAAAAGAACUACUGUCGAUUGUGCGACGAGCGGAAGCAGCAGGUGUUGAAGCAAAAAACCGACUGAUUGGUGAUUUGUUGGAUAAACUGGACACUUCCGAAUCUCUUCCCAACAAAGCGCAUGUGAUGAAACAGUUAAAAGAACGAGCCUCAUCGAAUAACGCUUCAAACAAGGAUAGCCUAAUCAAGGAUAUGCUAGAUAAGGCGAAAAAGAUCGACAAAAGUUGGACAGAAACAAAGUUCGAAGAGCUCAAGACGCUGGACCGGAGCUGUCGGGAACGGCUAAUUGAACAGAUCGGUAAACGGUUGCGCCACGUGUCUCAUCCACAAAACGUCGUUAACCGACUGAUGGGCGAUUGGAAGAAGGGAAAACCAACUGAUACCAUCGUGGCGGACAUUGUCUCGGGGGAAUCGUUCAAUUUGUGCCAGCUGAUGCGUGGAAAGGAUCGUCGCAUUAAACGCAAGUUGCUGAAAUGCUAUCGCAUCACCAAACAGCACUACUCCAUGCACAAGAUUGUGUUUUACUGCAAAAACAUUGAAAGUAUUCCGCCACCGGACAUAUUCCAACCAGCUACACUUGCUGAUGUCGCAUGUUUGAAGCGCUCGAUACAGGUGCUUGGUGAGGCUAUUAAGAAUACGACCAAUUCAGCCAACAUGCCGGAGCAAGCGAAGAACGCAGUCAAUUCGAUGCUAACGGCCCUUUUCCCCGACGUUAACAAACUCUUACGGGAAGUAUUUUCGCACAGCAUUUCGUUGAAGAAACUAAUGCAAGGGGAAUCGUACGAUGUGAAACUUUGUGCCAAGUUUCACGAAAAUAUGGGUAUGAUGCAAACGGCAUUUGUGCUGCUUUAUGCUGUAACUGUUGCUGAUGUGCGUCAGUCGUUUUACGGCCAGAUGCGCCAAUGUGACACUAUCCGGGAGUUGCGAUCAUUGGUACGGUAUGCCGGGACUGUCGAGGAACUGGAAAAGCGACAGCAAGCUUGCUACCUACAGGUGACGGAGUAUUUCGAUGAAGCAAAGGCAGUGUUCGAGCAGCUGGGGCAGGAACCGAUCGGUCAAACGCCUAUGUUCCACCGUUUGCACCAACAGCUCGAAGUAAAGCGACAGAUCGUGACACAGUUGGGGAACCAUUUUAAAGAGAACGAUGGCUUUUCUUACCAAGAAUUUCGAAGCGCAUGUUUGACUGGGAAUGAUCUGGCUGCUGUCCGGAAACUGUUAGAUUGGAAGCUAACGAUGAGCUGGACCGGAACAUUCUUCCGCAAGGUGCGCACAUCCUGGCAAACGAAUCACGUCGAAUCGUUAUCGUUAGAGUGGAAGGAUCAUCGGUUGCUGAAGUACAAUCCAUCAGUAAUUGCCGGCAUGUUAAAGCUGGCUUCCAGCGCAAUGGAGUGUAGCGAAGAGUUCGAUUACAUUGACUGUACUCGUCAGCUUGCGGUGGAACUCAACAUCGAGCAGAAACUGGACGAGGAAGCUUUGCAGCAGCUUAACAAACGAUUGCGAUCGUACUACAGCGAUAUUUUUUUCGUCGACAACAAAUGGAAGGUGUUGGAAGCGUUCUGCAAAGAGCGGAAACUUCCAUGGAAUAAGGAACAAGUUCGUAAGCUGGUCAAGAGCGAUCAGGAACUGUUGCAGUAUCUGUAUGAUGCCCGGCGAACGAAAUUGCGAAAAAUUUUGGAACAGCACCGACUGCAUACUGUUGAGGGACUAGUGACGCGACUGUACGAAAUUCCAACCAGAGUACUCUCUUCUCUCGAAUACCUUCAGUUGGAGCUUUGCGAGAUGCUGUUGGCGGUUGGAUAUUUUGGUGAUAGUUUCUAUUACCUCAAGCAUCGCAUUCCUAUGAUACAGGGAAAAAAUUAUCGCAACUUCUUGGCCCACGAUCAACUGUCGUACAAUCUGCUUACGGACAGCUGCAUGGAGAAGGUCGUCAUAAAUGCGUUCGUGUUUGCCUUCAAUGAGGUACGCUUGUUUGGCAACCCUCAUGGAAGUAGCUCGUUGAAGCUCAACGUUCCUACCGUGAGCGAAAUGGACCGUUGGGUUAAGCGUCAGCAGCAACUGUUGGAAGCGUUCCAAGACCGAGACAUCAGACGCAUGCACGCGAUAGUGCAGCAGGAUGGUGCGGAGAUUAAAGCCAAGUUUUGUAGCUCCCAGAACGCGGCAUACCUCCCACCCACAUACUGUCUUCUACCAGAGCUGAUAAAUCCUUGUCGCUCUGAUAAACCCACCGUCGAGUAUCUGGACAUAUUCUUCAACGGAUUUCAGGAUCAAUGCAACAAUCCCGCGUAUCAAGUAAGGAUGGCACUGACAAUGCGCGAUUUUCAGGCCGCUUUUGAUCGUACGCUUGCACACGGCGAUACACACAUCCAUGAGGAGUUACUCGACUGGGAGGACCUAAUGCCCCAAGCACGCAAAACGGAACUGUUUGUGCAUCUGGUAGCGGCAUUCAAUAGGGGUCGCAUAUUGAGCAAACUGAUCGAGCACGGCAACGUACGGGGCGUCCGCGAACUGUUGCCCUUCUUUGAGACGUUCAAUUCCCCGAACGAUCGUGGGCCGCUCGGGGAUGCGAUGCUUUACUGUUCACGGCCGAUUGCAGACUUGCUACUGCCACGAUCGAUGACACCACAUCCUGCGGUACUACUGCUUGCCAUCAUCCUCCAGUGGAACGAUAUCUUCACCCACAUGAUGGCGAAGGUGGGAGAAAUUAAUGAGGCCACGUUCCAGUUUCUGCUCCGAACGACUGCCCAGGCAAGAAACUAUACGGCCGCCGUAUAUCUGCUGGAAAACGAGGACUUUCAAGCCUUUCUCCCGGGAGCAUUUGUUUCGUGCUGUCAAUUAGCUGCUAGCAUGGGUGAACGUGCCAUACUGCAGCAUCUGUUCGAGCGUUGUCCUACACCGAACGUGACAAUGUUGGCGAAAAUUCUUCACCAAGCAGCAGUGAAGAAUAGAUGGCAGUGUGUGGAGCUACUUCUCCAGCACAACGUACCAGCCGAUGUGGUGUUCUCGGAUAGUCUGAGUGAGGAAAACUGCACACUGCUUGUACUGGUCAGGUACGGUGCAUGUCGAUUGCUACGCAAGAUCCGAUCAAUCAAGCUCGAACUAUUCGGCACGAUUGCAACGCAUCCCUUGGCUGUUGCUGUUCGAUAUGGAAUGGUGUCGAAAAGGAUGAUCCGUACAUUGCGCACAUUAGGGUUCGCGUGGCUGGAUAAUUCAGCAGCGUUACACCUGGCAAUACAGCACGGAAAGAGGAACGUUUUAGAAACGAUCCGAAAGCUUACGAAUGAACAGUGUACGGUGAACGUUUCUACCGAUUUUGAUCACUUCCGGCAAGCGCUAGGUGUGUUGUAUCGCUGGAAAAUGAUAUCUUUCGUAGAGGAGUCAAAGAAGACGUACGGAUUAUCGGGGCUGUUCUGUGCCGUACACAGCAAGGAUCAAGCGAUGGUACGCGAGAUGCUCAGUUGGGGACGUCAAAUACGAACGAUCGAUGAUGGUAGCAUUCUUGGUGGCAUCGCAUUUGAACGGGAGUCAAUUUUGACUUGCUUUGGUAAGACAACGAAUAAUGCGUUCUGGAGUACUCGCGAUAGCUGCGAAGAUAUGAUAGUCCGGAUGGAAACGUGUGCAAUGUUGGGCGAGAUGAUGAUAUGGCAACAGUUUACAUUAGAAGCUCAUACUACCCCAGUCACGUUCUACUUGCUAACUGCCUGUGAUGAGAUAAUUGAGGAAUCUCUCGAUAACCAGCUCAUCUUUCCUCUGCGUGAUUCGGAGUCUUUGUUGGAAAAUUUGGAGGACUUUCUCACGUUUGCUAACGCCUCACUCAGCAGCUAUGAUAUAGUUUUCGCCAAAUUUAAAACCAAAACUGGAGCGACCAGAUAUUUCUGGCAAAUCGAGCAAAUUAGUUGUAUAUACGACAUUCUUCCAGCAUCAAAGGAUGGAAUUGAUCUAGCCGAUAUGAUCAACUAUAGAGAUUCGCGGGGAGAAACUGCGCUACACUAUUGCUUUCCGAAAGACACACUCGAGCUGGUGAAGAUUUUGGUGGAGAACGGUGGCAAUCCACUGCUGGCGGAUAGUAGCGGUAUGGCUGCGAUCCAUAUUUCGAUGCUCAACUCGCAGGAUUUUGCCGUUGCACGCUAUCUGUUCGAUGAAUGUAUCCGACGUGAUUUGCGCAACGAUUCGGGCUGUUCCGUGCUGGAACUCGAUGAUGGCAUUGGAGGCAACCGAUUGAUACACACCGCCAUAAUGAGCGGUCGAAUAGACAUUUUACAACGAUUGCUGGAACAUCGCGUCGAUGUAUCGAAGGUGAACGCUUACGGAAUUACACCGGCACAGCUGGCCGCCUCGGUUAUCGUUUACAACGCAUACCGUAUGGUAAAGUUGAUUCUAGAUUACGAUUCGAGCUCGAUAAACACGAAGGACUACCAGGGUUGUACGCUACUACGGUACGCUGUACGGGAAAAGUCUCCUGAAUUGACGCAGUUGGUACUGCAAUACAAACCGGACCUAUUCGCCGACUGUGGCGGUUUGACGCCGCUUGGCUAUGCGAUCGCGGUAAAAAAUGUCGAGUGUGCGAAAUGUAUAGUGAAGUAUGCGGCCAAUAAUAACAUACGUGGCAUAACACAGGUAGAGGAUUGCGAUAUGAUCUUACUAUCGCUGAUGAUCAACAAUUACGAACUAUCGCGGAUGCUGCUUGAGUACGAACUGGAGCAUACGCUCGAGGAGGUUGAUGAACGCGAUCUGCCCCGUAUUAAAUCCAUCCUCGAAGGAACCAUUCCCGAAAAGCCGGAUAUGCCGGUGGCGCGGGUGGUGCAACGGUACGAGGAAUCGCAAAAAUUUCUACAAGAAUUAUUGCAGCUCGCUACCUCGGUUACCACGUAA